CAAUUGUGAAAGGAUUUAUGACUUUGAAAAUGAAAGAGAGAGGCUCAUUAUGGAGAAGGACAUAGUCAUUUAAGAGCAUGCUUCCCUGGAAAAUCAAUUGGUUUCUUUACAGACACAGAUAAACAGCCUCACUGCAGAAGUAGAUAACCUUACAAGCAAGGUUAGUUCCAUAAAGAAGGAAUAUGAUUAAGCCCAAUCUGAGCUCGAUUUGAGUCGUUCAAAGAUGAAAGAAUGUGACGCUGAGAUCAGUGCCAUUGUCAAGGAGCAACAAAAGCUUCAACAUAAAAUUAGUGAUGCAAAUGUUGAGAGGAAAAAAUUGGAAAAUGAGCCUUGAGAAGAGGGUCAACAAAAAAGUUAUGGCAAUGUUCGAGAAAGCUGAAGAUGAAUACAAUGACUUAUUAUUUAAGAAAAACAUCAUUGAGAAUGAUAAGUCAAAAAUCAAGAAGGUGAUUGAAGAGCUUGAUGAAAAGAAGAAGGAAACACUAAAAGUUACUUGGGUUAAAGUGAACAAGCUGACAAACUAAAGAAAUCAGUGGAGGAUGAAAUUCAUUUUCUCAAGGGAAGGGUUUUAGAACUUGAAAGUGAUCUUGUGUCGAAGUUCACAGAAGUUACAUCUACAGUUUCAAGGAAAGAAGAAGCUCUAUCUUCUGUAUUUGCUGAAAUUGACAGUCUGAAGGAAGAAAAUUCUAUAAAAAUGUAAGCAUUAUUGAAUGCAUAUUGAGAGUGUUUAUUGUAUUGGAGUGUAUUUGUUUCUUGUACAUGAGGGCACGCCUUAGUUGUAAUUCUUAUGAUAGGUUGAGCAAAGUGAAGUAUUGUCUAUUUAGAAAUGUGAAUGUAGGAUGCAUUGUAUGAGUUGAUUGCUAUUUGUAAUAAACGCAUCAUUUCAUUUUUUU